AUGCCCGACAUCGACCCCGCGGCCUUGAGCAGCCGCCCAUCAGUAAAUCUUUCCACGCCGACACUUUCCACCAAGUCCAUCACUGUCCAACCUCCGGGCUCUCUCAAAGCCGCCAAAACAAGUCAGAUCAUACCUGCCCGCAUUGACCUUGAGCCGCUUUAUACCGCCUUGAAGCAGGCCAUCGGCCCGGAAGCAUGGGUCAUCUACAAGGAGUCAACCACAGAGUUUCUCAUCGGUCGAUUGAAUCAGACCGAGUACUCAGAACGAAUCGAUCCCAUCCUCACAUCCCCCAAUGGCGAAAAGGAACACCUCCAUAAUCAGCUAAUUGCUGCAAUAUACGGCAAUGUCACAAGGGAGAUGCCCGACCAGGGGCUCGCCCCUUGGGUCAGCGCCAACGACAAGCCCACCGCACCCGUCGGCAGUAAGCCUGUAUCUGGAGAUGCGGCGGAGCGUCGCCUUAAGGGCGAUGUGAUGCAGUUGCCCACCAAAGAUCGUCGGCGUAUCAAGGAUUUGGUCGGAAAUGACGUUAGUACACGUCUCAAGCUCGUUAAAGUUCGAUAUGCUAACGUCGAGGUUCAUCAGUUCGACCCCUACGAGAGCCUCUCCAAUGUGUUCAUGGAUCACCAUCGACGACAGCCCAAACCCGCCGACGUACCACCAAGCGCAGGAGGCAUUGGUGGUAUAAACAAGAUGAACUUCGAUUUGGAGAUACGCAAGCGCUUUGCGCAACCCUUGGCUGGGGAGUCUGGCGAGUUCCCCGAUGCCCCUGUAGUCGAAGGCAGAAUGCUGCCGUUCUGCUACGAGGCAGGACUUACUAGUGGUCACGUUCAGGAUGCGCCACAUUUUAUGACAGUCGCGACCGAAACAUUCAUCAAGGAAUCACUGGCCGCCAUAUUUGCCAAGACGAAGAGCAAUGGCCCAGGAGAAGGCGCCACUGCUGGAUUCGGAGCAGGAACCCAAUGGAUCCAAACCCACAAGUACCGACACCAGCUCGUCAAGGAGGAGGACGCUGCCCUUCGGGGUGACCUCACACGCGAUAAGAGCGGCCUUCUACCUAUUGAGUCGAAGGCAGCAAGCGAGCGUGGACCCCUUGGCAUGGCGGACGUACGCAUUGCCUUGGAGAUGGCUGAUAGCGGCUUGGCGCAGUUCCCGAUCAUAAAUACGGCCAUAUCGUAUGGCUACCGUGAAGGAGAGCUCGAGAAUUGGCACGACUACACCUGGCUACCAGGCCUCGAACCUCCUGGAGCCAAGAAGGAAGCUUCUGAUAUCAAACCGGUCAUCACAGAGCAGCUACCCAACGGCCAUGUCGAUGCAAUGGACAUUGACUCGGAGCCCUGGUGGGAAGGUGCAGAGCCUCAAGACAUGAGCUCCCUUGACUCUGUUCUCGAUUCGUGUCUGGCAGUUGGAUCAUAG